AUGAAAAACUUUAAAGGUUUGAAUGAUACAAUAUUUUCAUUGAUUAUGACUGAGAAUUUAUUAAGUUUGGUGUCUGUAUGUGCUCAAAAAGACGGUUAUCUAUAUCGAAAAAUUACAAAUUCACAAAACUUUCAUAAAAUUGAAAUGAUUAAACUUUUGGAAAAAAUGUUGAACAAUCAUCCAUAUUUUCCAGCAAGAGGCAGUUCUUUUAUCUUACUUUCAGCAUUAGAUAAACCUGAUCAUACGGUAAUUGUGAAUGCUGUGAACGUUUUACUCGAUGAAAAUGUUGCAAAAGGAUAUUCUUUAAUUGGUAUUCCUCUUAUUCAUUUAUCAUCAAAUGAAUUUAUUGACGAUUUAUUAACAUCUUUACAAAGUGGAAGUGCUAUAAAAGUUUAUGAAAUAUUAAAAAUUAUGACACAAUUUGCUUUAGAUGAAAAAAUAGAUGCUAAUACUAAAUCAAAGAUAGUAAAUUAUAUAAUAAAAGAAAUUGGUGAAAUGAAAACAAAAAAACCUGUCAAUUUUUAUUACACAGAUAUUAAAAUUCCUUUUACUACAACAUUGGAAAAAGAAUUAUAUAAAUCAUGGGUUAAAAUACAAGGACUCUCUGGUAAAACACAAUAUUCUACAAGAUAA